AGCUGUAGUGGAGGCUGCUGCAGUUUAAAUUAAUGUCAACCUGCCUCUCUCCUAGAGAACAAACCAAGCGCACGCAGCGAAAGUAUCGCGCGCCCCGGAGCCGCUCCACACACAGCAGCAUGACUCGGCGGCCACGAAACAGUGUUUACAGCAGCGAGGAGGAUGAAGAGGAAAAUGAGAUGUACGAACACGAUUAUGAUGGGUCCAUGGCCAAGACGGGGAAACGGCACCUUGGAAAAACGCGCUGGACAAGAGAAGAGGAUGAGAAACUGAAAAAACUUGUUGAUCUACAUGGAUCAGACGAUUGGAAACUAAUUGCAAGCUUACUAACUAAUCGAACAGAUGUGCAGUGCCAACAUCGAUGGCAAAAAGUUCUGAACCCAGAACUUAUCAAAGGACCAUGGACCAAAGAGGAGGACCAGAGGGUGAUCGAACUAGUCCAGAAAUAUGGAGCCAAGCGUUGGUCCGUGAUUGCCAAGCACCUCAAGGGACGUAUUGGAAAGCAGUGUCGCGAGCGGUGGCACAAUCAUCUGAAUCCUGAGGUGAAGAAGACAUCGUGGACCGAAGAGGAGGAUCGUAUCAUCUACCAGGCCCACGAGAAGCUGGGCAACCGAUGGGCUGAAAUCGCCAAACUGCUUCCUGGCAGGACAGACAAUGCCAUAAAGAAUCACUGGAACUCCACCAUGAGGCGAAAGGUGGAACAGGAGGGCUAUCUCCAGAACUCAGCAAAGCACAACAGUUCUCCUCUGUCGCUUAACCACAACUUUAUUAAAGCACCCAGUCACAUGAUGACCUUCUCCCACCACUCGCCCAAUCAUUCUCAACUGUCUCAUGUUCCUCCACUCAACUACGCUUACAUCCCUGAUGCACACAGAGUACCAAUCCCCAUGGCUCUACAUUUAAACAUCAUGAACUUCCCCAAGCCUGGAACUGCUGCUAUACAGAGACACUAUAAUGAGGAGGACCCUGAGAAGGAGAAGAGGGUGAAAGAAAUUGAAAUGCUGCUGAUGUCGACGGAGAAUGAGCUGAGAGGGCAGCCAUCACAACCAAUGCCCUUGUCCUUCUCAAGCUGGGCCAAUCAGAGCUGUGUGACUGACAGUUCAGAGGCAGUGUCCAUACACCACCAUCACACCGCAGCCCCAGCCCUGCCCCUGGACCAAAGCUGCCUUCCUGAAGAGAGCGCAUCAGCCACAAGAGCCCACUCCACAAGCAGCAGCAGCCAUCACAGCAGUCCUGCCUUCUCGAACACAAUGCCAGAGUUCAUGGAGUCUGUCCUCGACUCUAGGCUCUCCUCAGUGAGUAAGGCCUACAGCAGUGGGCUCAGAGCAGACAGGGUCAUGCCCAGUAAGAAUGCACAGGCCCCAUGGGCUGGCUUCAUCUGCUUCACCCCCAAACCAUCACCAGCCAGAAAACUACCCUUUUCACCAUCACAGUUCCUCACCCAUUCUAUGAGCCCAGAACACUCAGACAGCGACAGUGUACAUAUGGUUUCACCGGUGGACACCAAACCUCUCACUGACCACACCAUUAGGCCCCAGAAAGACAAUGACAUGUUUAGGACUCCCAACAUUCGGCGUUCAAUCCUUGAGUCAUCUCCACUCACACCCACACCUUUUAGGUCAUCUGGUGCUAUGCUGAACUCACCUUUGGAUCAGCGGAUGGUCGACUCCAUAAAGCAAGAGCCAGUGGAGUGUGCGAUUGACCAUCCUCCUCUGAAGAAAAUCAAACAAGAGGUGGAGUCUCCAUGCGAGAGAAGCCCGUGUAUGCAGUGGGAAGGACAAGACCUCCACACACAGCUCUUCUCCCCCACUGGACCCCCACAGGAAGUGCCUGACAUGCUAACAAGUGCAUUACUAAGUGAAGAUGGACGUAAAACCUAUCACCUAUCUCACAGGCAAACAGACAGCCCACUACAGCAGCUGAGUUCUUGGGAGCACAUGGCCAGUCUAAAAACAGAGGACCCUUCUCUAGCAUCAGAGCACAAGUACCUGAACACUUUCCCCACACAGACCCUAGUCAUGUAGAGACCCCCGACGUCUGAGCCCUGCACUGCUGCUUCUGUUCGUGUGGUACAACACUGGGAGAGGCCCCGAGCCAAUGGAUGUUUUACACUCACAACCAAAGACUCUUUUUUACAUUUUUAUACAGAGUUUGCUUUUGUUUUGUUUUUUUAUAUAAAUGUUUGUUUUGGUCUUUUUGUUGUGUCUGUAUUAAUAUAAUUGUAUUAUAAAUGGGAAUUGGUGACUAUAUAAUUUACAUUGGGCUGUAUUAUUAAUUCUUACGUAUAUUAAUAUAAGAACAAUUUAAUUUAUUCCUUUAUUUUAAUUAUGUCUUGUUUUUUAUUUCACUUUUCUACAAUUGGCCAAUGGAGCAGUGUUUUAAGUAAAGUAUUUAAGCCCUGUUAGCAUUAUAUUACUUCAAAAAGCUUAUUUUUACUGAUUGAAACUGACCUCUGUUUUGAAACUAUUGCCUUUUUAUAUUGUCUGUAAUUGGUCUACUGAUAAUUUCAAGUGUUUGGCCUUUGCCUAACGUCAACACUUAUUACUGAGUUAGAACUGCUAUGCAUGUUCGCACAACCGUUACUUAACCAGACCUAUUUAGUAUUACCAAAUUUGCAACAAGCUUAUAAUUUUCAUUUCAACAUUUGGAUCAUUUCUGGCCUUUACAGUAUCCCUAUGGAAAUUGUUUAUGUUUUGUAUGUAUGUGGACAGUAUGUUGCUAAAUUGACAAGUCUGUUGUACUGAGCUUUACCCAGUCAGAGUAAUGCCAAGCUGCACUUGAGAAGUGUUUUAAGAGAGAAACACAAUAUUCUAUAUGGUUCUCCAAACGCCCAUGUUAACUAAACUGUUUUGUAUGUUUUAUACAAUCAACAUGCUGAUUUCUAUGACUGCAGUAGGCUGUGUCAAACACUUAGCAGACAAUCCUUUUAUACAUGUAAUGUCUUUUUAUAAAUAUAUAUUGGCUUUUAUGCAGAAACUAUUUUAUAAAUGCAUUUAUACAUGCCAAGUUUUCAUACUUUUAUACUUUUCUACUGCCUAGUAAUAAAAGUGUGUUGUUUU